AUGUUAGAUAUCGCAAAAUUCUCCGCCACCGCCGCCGCAGGCGGCGCUGGCGCAGUCGCGAGGGCAACCGCCCCUGCGACGACGGAGAGAGGCACGAAGCGCCCGCGAGACGUCACUCCGGCUGGCGAGGUCUUCUAUUCUCCCUCCACCCCUUCGCAUUGUGCUUCCCCCGCUCGAACCCCAGACCAUAAGGCUCUUGCAGUCGCGGCGUUUUCUCUCCCUUAUUCUCUCUCCGCUCCCUCUUUCUCACUCUCUGCCCCCAUAUCUUCUCUCUCCGUUCCCCCUUCCGCUCUCUCCGCUCCCCUCUCCGCUCUCUCUGCUCCUCCCUCUGCUUUCUCCGCUCUCCCCUCCGCCGAAAUGCACACUCCGCCGACGCCUUCUUCCGCCCGGCGCGCUUUCAAGCGCCGUCUGGUUCCAUGGGACGAGAACGACGAUGCGCUCGCCCUUCCCCUUGCCGUCCCGCCGACUCCCAGCUCAGUGCUGCGCUCUGCGCAGUGCCUCUCCGCCUCCCGCGCGCUCCCGUCUCUUGCGCCCCCUCCGUCUCCGCUGCUUCUCGAGGAGGUCGACAGCGACAGCACCUGCAGCAGCCCUGUAAACCCCUCCCGCGUUCCGCAAACCCCCCGGCUUUCCGCGCAGCCGACGGGCGCCUCCGUGGAAACGCCAGCGGAAGAUUUGCGCAAGCGCCAGCGCACGCAGCCCUCACAGGUGCAGCGACUUGAGGAGGUGUUUCGGGCUGCGGUAGCGGCGCAGGAAGGAUCCGCGCAUGUGGGGAAGGCGCAGGCGGCGGGGCAGGUUCUCGUGUCCGCGGAGCGGCAGUGGCAGCUCGCGGCGGAACUGGGGCUUCUCCCCCGUCAGGUCUCCGCGUGGUUCCAGACGCGGCAGCUGGAGUGGCAGGCGGAGCAGGGGGAGGCGGAGCUGCGGACGACGCGCGCCGCGCACGCGGGAUUGGCGGAGCAGUGCUGCGAGAUGCGGAACGAUUACGAGCUGCUGAAGGGGGACUACGCGCAGAUGCUGCUGCAUAUUGCAAAGAUUCUCAACAAGAUCACGCAAAUCGAGAAUCUCCUUAACGCGGACGAGAGAAAAGCAAAGGCAAGAAGCCCGUAUGUCCGUGAAGAGCAGAUUUUCCAGCCGCAUCAGAUGGGCACGGAUCAGAACAGGCAGCUGGCGGGACGAGGCGAUCCGAAGAAGGGGAAUGUGAUGGAAAUGGCGCAGAAAACCGCGGAUUGCGCGCAAACCGUGAUGGAGUCACCCGCGGAAGACAAGCCCCAGUGGGGCGCGGAAGCGGAGCAGCUCGUUUCCGCUUCCGCUUCCGCAGACACUAUAGGCAGCGAGGGCGCAGCCCCGCUUGCGGAUCUGUCCUCCCCCCAGGCGGGCGAGGGGGACCUCUCCGGGACGUUCUUGGAUGAUUUUGAGGAGCUUUCGGGCUGCCUGGGCGGGCAGCAAGAUUUUUUCGAGGCUGCGACUGCAGCCGCGGAAGCUCCUCUGAGAGACAUGGGUCUGGGGGAGGCGCAGCAUCAGGGGCAUCCGGCGCUGCAGGCGCAACAGGGGGCGCAGCAGCAGCCGGGGAAAGCGCAGCAGCCGCGCCAGGCAGGGGCGCAGCACCUGGGGGAGGUGCAUUACAAGGAUGCGCGUCUGGGAGAGGCCUCAGGUCAGGAAGGGGAGAUAGCUGCAGGAGGGAAGGAGGCCGAAGUACCAUAUGAGGUGCAUCUGCGCGCCGCGGACGCUUCCGCGCGCACGCCAACCUCCCCCAUGUCCCCCUUCUCCAUGGGCGGAAACGCUUCCCCCGGUUUAGACCAGCUCAUCGCCAGUGUCGCGCGGGGGGGCCAGCAGGGGCAGUCACUAGCCAGCCUCGCCGCCGCGCUCGGCGGGCUUGGCGGGGGGGGGCGCGGAAGCGGAAGGGCUGGCGGAACGAGCGGGUUAGGCGCAGCGGGGGGAAGGGGCGGCGGGACGAACGCGGCGGCGAUUGCCGCGGCGUUGGGGGCAUUGGCUGCGCCUGGGACCCCCGGGACUCCGAGCACCCCGCCAUCCCCGUCAGUGCAAGAUAUAGUAGCGAGGCUUCAGCUCUUAGCGGAGCUGCAGGCGGUAACCGGCGUGGCGCGAUCGCCGUCGACCCCGCCGAACCCGCUUCUGCAACAGCAGCAGCAGCGGCAACAGCAGCAGCAGCAGCGGCAGCAGCAGCAAAUGGGGCAGCGGUUGCCGCCGCAGCAGCCGCAGCGAAUGCAGUUAGACGAGCAGCAGCAGCAGCAGCAGUUGUUGGAUCAGCUUGUAACGGCCCUCACAGGCGGAGGGGGAGGCGGAGGAGGAGGGGCGGCACGUGGGGGUGGGGGAGGAGGGGGUGGAGGAGGUGCUGGGGGAGGAGCAGGGGCAGGAGGAGGAGGGGGUGGAGGGGGGUUGGGAGUGGUUGGGGAUUCGCCAAGGCAGAAUGCGUUGCUGAACCAGCUGCUCGUCGCGCUAGGCCAGGCCACUGCUCCGCGCGGAACGCCCCCGCAGCCCCGCCCGCGGCAGCAGCAGCAGGCGCAGGCGCAGCAGCCGCUGCUGCAGCGCGCGCAGCAGUCCGCGCUUCAGCCUCCGCGGCCGGGGGGAGGCCCUUCCCCUUCCGCGGCGGCUGCCGCGGCGGCGGCGAUAGCAGCGGCGGCGGGAGGCGGGGACGGGGACAAGUACGGGGUGCUGGAUAUGCUGCUGUGCGAGGCACUGGCAGCCAAACUGCAGGGGCAAAGCCCGUCCGCGCCAACCAACCCCUCCCCACUGGAGCGCCGCCAGUCCUCCUCGCGGAACCCCAGCUGGAAGGCGGGCGCUGGCGGAAGCUCCAAAGGGGGCGCGGGCGGAGGCGGGGCGGAAGGCGCGGGGGAAUUGGGCGGGGGGAAGGGCGGAGCGGAUGAGGGCAUGGGGAGGGCGGAUAGCGCCCCUGAGGCAUCCGCGUUUAGCGUCAGUCAGGAUAGUAGCACAAGACCCGCAGCAGAGGCAGCAGGCGGAGGGGGAGGUGGAGGGGCAGGGGGCGCAAGGGUUUCCGCCCAGACCCCCGUUUCCCCAGGGCGGGGGGGGAUUGACCUACCGCGUUCCCCCACCUCCGCCGCCUCCCCUCGUGGCGGAAGCGACUCCCAGGGGGAUUUACUGAACCAGCUGCUGCAGCAGAAGCAGCAGCAGAUGCGCCAGCAGGGGGGAACCGGGGGCGGGGGCGGGGGAACGGGGGCGCUUGGGGGGAACCAGCAGCGACAGAUGGGGGGGAAGCAGGCGCAGUCCAGCAGCAGUGGCGCGGGGAUAGGCGCGGGGGGGAGUAGCAGCGGCGGUAAGGGCGGAAAGGGGGGAAUGUCUGUAGAGGAAAAGGUACUGGCGGAGCUAGUAGCAGCAGCAGCGGCGGGGAAGGGGAAAAUGGGGGAGGCGUGGGGGUCUAUUCUCGCGCAGGCGCAGGCGGACCUGGGGAACAUCGAGCUCUCUGAUUCGCUGGGCGCGGAAGGGGGCGGGCGCGGGGGGAUGGGGGGCGGGGGGAAGGUGGGGGGGGAGGAUAUGCAGGAGGGGAGCCGAGGGGUUGGGGGAGGGGAUGGGGGAGGGGAGAUGGAGGUGGAUGGAAAGGGGAGAGGGACAGGAGCGAGUGGUGGGGGAGUGUUAGAGGAGUCAGCUCAAAGCAGGCCGGGAACAGGGCAAAGCCGGGGAGGGGGGGCAGCAGCAGCAGGAGGAGGAGCAGGAGGUAGGCAGGCCACCAGUGAGAACAACAUAUUCAAUCUUCAAGCGAGUGCAGUGAAUGACCUUUUGGAGGGGAUAAACAUAGCUGGAUUCGGUCUGAAUCUAGACACAUUAGAGUUUGACACGUCAGAAUCAGGCCAGUCCAGCUCAGUUUGCAUGAGCCCUGCCAUGGCAGCAGAAGUCACGGGCAGCAGAGCGAAACUUUCCUCCGCCAUCAGCCCUGCGGGGGCAGCAGCGGCGGGCAGCAGCCAAAAUCUUUUUGCAGGGAUGACCUCCCGGAGUCUCAACUCCCUCUCUCUGAAGAAAAAUACCGCCAUGGGUGGUGCUUCAGGCUCCCGUAGCAGCAUAGACGCAAAAGGAGGGGGGGUGCCCCUAGGGGGGGGUGUUCUAGGGGGUCCCCUGGGGGGUCGUGCUUCGAGCCUGAGCGCUGCUCCCUCCCGAAUGACUCCCUUGGACAACGGGGCUGGGCCCAAUGGGGAGCUCCCAGGAGGAGGGUCAGCGGCAGGGGGAGCAGCAGGCGGAGGAGCGGGAGGAGGAGCGGGAGGAGGGAGUGGGAAGGAGAAGGCCCAGGGGCGGCCGGCCGGGUGGCACGUGGGGCUGGAGCUUCUUCCUCUAGACACGCCCAUAGGCGACCUGCCUUCCACUGAGGUGUUUGAAAACUCUGGAAAGCGCAGCCGCGUGGCUCUCUCUCAUAUCCGCACCUCCAGUGGAAGCUCCUCCCUCCCAGAAUCCGAGCAGAAACAGCUGUUAGAGUUUGCCCGAAGCAGUGGUGUUUUAGGGAACAGCCCGGGUGGUGCGGGCGGGGAUGGUGGGACUCCUGGUGGGGCCGCUGCUGGGUUGGCGGGCGGGUCGAAUUGUUCGUCUGCCCGGACUCUCAGUCCUGCCCUGAGCACGGAUUCCGGGCGGUCAGGUGGGGGGGAGAGCCCAGGUGGGUUUACGUCUUCAGGUGGUUCCCCAGGUGAUGGGUUUGCGAAUUCUGUUUUCGAAGGAGGGGGGUCCGGAGGGUCUGGUUCUGGGUCGAGCAAGCCGGGCAGGAGCCCGCAGCUUCCAGGAAAUUCAGUGGGGCAAGGGGGGAGGGGGCGGAGUGGGGAGCGAGGGGGGAGAGGGGCGGGCGGGACGGGGGCAGGAGGAGUGGGGAUCGGCAGUAGGGACGGCAGCAGGGAGAGGGUGAGAAGUGAGAGCCCCCUGAGGGGGGAGAGUCCAAUCCGGGGGCGGAGUCCCCUCAGGGGGGAAAGCCCUUGCCGGAAACGAGCAUGGGGGAGUGAUGCGGGGGAGGGGGAGAGUGACAGAGACGAGGCCAUGGGUCAGGGGGACGAGGCGCAGGGAGGGGGGGGCGCAGGGGUAGGGCGGAAGGGGCUGGGGGAAGGGGUUGGGGGGAGUUCGGGGCAGGUCAGUGGGGCGAACAGCGGGGGAGUGGGGAGGGCGAGGAGAGUGGGAGGGGGAAAGAAAGGGGGGGCAGGGGCGGGAGGGGGGACGUCUUCGGCUGGUGCGGCUGUUGGGGGGGGGAGUGGGGGUGCUCAGGGGGAUGCGUCAGGGGGAGAGGCGAAGAAGCAGAGGCAGAAGCGGGGGACAGCCACGGACCCGCAUUCGGUAGCUGCAAGGCUUCGGAGGGACCGCAUCAGCCAGCGCAUGAGGGCGCUCUAUGACUUGGUGCCGAAUGCACGCAACACAGACACGGCAUCGAUGCUGGAUGAGGCCAUUCAAUACGUGCGCUCGCUGCAGGAGCAAGUGCAGACUCUAAAAAAGGAGAAGGGCGAGAGCCAGGGAACCUCGUCUGUCGGCACAGGCAGCCUGGGCCGGGCGGCAGACAGCAAUAACGAGGAUGGCGAGGGCGGCACGAGCAGGAACGCAGGGCAGCAGAGCAUGGGACAGAGCAUGGGACAGAGCAUGGGCCAGGCUGGGUAUGGAGGUACGGAGGACGGGUUUGGCUCGGAGAAUGUGGUCUGGGAUGGGAGUGCGGCGCCUUCCCCCAUGGGCAGCGGUAUGGGCAGCCGAAAAACUUCCCUGCAGCUGCUGGCUGACCGACAAGGGAGCGGGGAGUUUGGAGGUGUGGGGCAGGAGGUUGGAGAUGGGAAGGUGGAUGGAGGGUUAAGAGGAGUUGGGGUGGGUGUGGAGGGGUAUAUGAAGGCUGAGCCAGAAAGUGAUGAUUUUGCUGAGCCACAGGAGCUGGAGCAGCAGCAGCACCAUUACAAUCACAACCAUCACAGUCAUCAGCAUUCACAUGCACUACCCCCCUCAGGCUCAGAUGUGGGUAUCACAAGUGCUGCUGCUGGCCUAUCACCACUAGUAGCAACAGCAGCUGCAGGGGCUUCAACUCAUGGGAAUGUUUUGGCAGGGGCGACUGGGGUGCUUGCUGCUGGUGGUUUGGCGGAUGGGGCCAAGGGUGGUAACAACGGUGGUGCACUUGUAACGGAAGGUGGUGUAGCUGGAUUGGAGACUAUGAUAGUGGGCGGUGCGGAGGUGGAAUGGCCGAGUGAAAUUGAGUUGACUUUGGAAGAUAUGAACAUGGUGGACCUUGGUGGAUCAAGCCCGUGCUUGAGCUCGUCCACGUCAGCAACCCCUUUCCGGCGAGCAUCGCCAGUCGCGGAGGCCCCCGCGGCCUCCGUCAGCUCCGCAUCUUCCGCGGGUCCGUCGCUCGCAGCCAGCUCCGCGCAUUCCGCUUCGGUAUCCGCGCCGUCGCCGCGCAUGACCCUGCAUUCCGGCUUCGCAAGCUCAUCGCAACAUCACGUGAAUGGCUCUGCCGUCGCUUCCUCGGCGCGCUUCUCGGCGUCUUCCGCCUCUCCCGCUUCCGCCUGCGCCAUUGAGCUGGCGGACGACCUCUUCACCGCCGCGACUACGCGCGCAGCAGCGGCGGAAGCCCUUGCGCUCGCGCGCGCAGCGUUAGCCGUUGCGAAGGAAGCAGCGGAGCUUUCGCUAUCGGAGGAGGCGAUGGGCCUCUAUGACGACGAUGACGACGACAAAUACGGGUUACCACAGGAUAGCUCGUUAAGCUCGCCGUUGUUAGGCUGGGGGGAGGAAGAGGAGGAGGGAGCGGACGAGAUUAUGAGCAGCGAUCAGCUGCACCACAUGUGGCUGUUAGCCGUUGAUAAGGUCACGCAUAUAGGGUCGUAUCGCGGCGCGAGAGACAGUCUAAACUCAGAACUCCCCCUACCUUCCGCCUCCGCUUCUCCCCCUCCCUCACCGCCUGUCCCAGUCCAGCCGUCCCCAGUCGAACCUUCUCCCUUCCAACCGUUCUCAACCCAGCCGUUUGCCCGGCUUCCACAUGACUAUCUUCCCCAGGAACCCCCGCAUCCGGACGAUCGUAUCUUAUCUGCGGUAGAUCGGACGGCGCAGGGUAGAUCUCCGAAGGCAAGUCUUAACGACCAGCCGCACGCCGUCAAACGCACCGCGAAGCCGAUUCGCGAAAGGAGGGCCGCGCGACGGGCGGGCGGGGCGUCAGGGGAAGGGAAGGCGGAGGAAGGCAGUUUGGCGCAAGCAGUUGGCGGCGGGGAUUGUCAUGUGAGCGGGGAGGAUGCGCACCCGGCGGAGAUUGUCAUGUGGGCGGAAGACGCCGCGUACCACGGGCUAGAGCGCGCGCUGGUGGACGGCGCGCGGGAAGCCGAGCGGAAGGCGGAGCGGGAGGGGGAAGCGGAGCGAAAGCCGAAGCGCGUGGUGGUGCGCUCGCAGAUGAAGGGCAAGCGCCUCGCGGAGCGCGAAAAGUCCUUGCAGCAGCGCCAGGCCGCGUCAGCCGCCGCCGCCGCCGCCACCGCGGCGGUUCCCGCUGGGAGAAAGAAGCCGGCGCUCGCUUUGGGGGAGGAAGAGUCGGAAGCGGAAGAUGCGGUCGUAGCGGAGGGGUACAGGCGGGCAGCGAAUGAAUCUGUUUUCGCAAUGUUCGACACGGCGGGUGGUAACCCGCGACUGCUGUCAGUCCAGGAGGAAAUCGAUCUCUCCAAGGGGGUUCAGGCGCUGCUGAAGCUAGAGCGCGAGCGGGAGGCGCUGGAGGAGAAGCUGCUCCGCGCACCGACCCGCGCGGAGUGGGCGGAAGCGGCGGGGCUGUCCGUCGCGGAGGUGCAGGCGCGCGUGGCGUUCGGGAAGGAGUGCAAGCAGCGCAUGAUCGCGUCGAACAUGCGAUUGGUGAUUUCCGUCGCGAAGAAAUACACGACGCGCGGGUUGUCGCUGGAGGAGCUUAUAACUGCGGGGUGCAUGGGGCUUAUGAAGGGGGUGGAGAAAUUCGACCACAGCAAGGGCUUUAAGUUCAGCACGUACGCGCAUUGGUGGAUCCGCCAGGCGAUCAGCCGCUCCGUCGCGGAGCAGAGCCGCAUCGUGCGACUGCCGGCGCACAUCUACGAGCUGGUGUCGCGCAUCAACCGCGCCAAGGCCAUGCUCACGGACGCGCUAGGGCGCGCGCCGGCGGAGCGGGAGGUGGCGCAGCUGGUGGGGAUCACGCGGGGCAAGCUGCGCAGCAUCAUGCGCACUGUGCGCGCGCCCACCUCCAUGGACCGCCCAAUUGCCUCGGACGACGGGGAUGAGACGCUCGGGCACAGCACGCACUGCAAGCUGCGCAGCAUCAUGCGCACUGUGCGCGCGCCCACCUCCAUGGACCGCCUCAUCGCCUCAGAUGAUGGGGACAAGACGCUCGGUGCGAGUGGAUAUGCGCAGGGGCAAGGCGGAGAGGUGGGCAGCCGGUGGACCUUUGUGGCAGACACCACCCUGGAGAAACCAGAGGACAUGAUCAUGCAGCAGCUGAUGCACAAGAAGUUACUAAACACGACUCUGGAGAACCCCGAGGACAUGAUCAUGCAGCAGCUGAUGCGCAAGGACCUCGAGAACGCCCUGCACACGCUGACGCCGCGCGAGAGGGAGGUGAUGUGGCACCGGUACGGGCUGGACGACGGGCGCGUGAAAACCCUGGAGGAGCUGGGGUCGCUGUUCCGAGUGACAAGGGAAAGGGUGCGGCAGAUUGAGGGUAAGGCGCUGCUGAAGCUGAGGCAGCCGGGGAGGAGCAGUGCACUCAAGAGCUACAUCGAUGGGCAUGCACUGUUCGAGCGAGCAUCUCAACACCAAGGUGCUUCUGCUCACAAGGCAGGUGGUGUUGGCUUCAACAGCACAACAUCGGACGAGCAGAGGAGCAGAGGAGGAGCAGCCUCGACGCCAUUGAAGCAUGCUGCAGCAUCUUUCGCUUCCGUCUGCCAUGCGCUCACUGACUCCCUCUUGGUGUUGCCUGCAGGUUCUUUUGACCAAUACAACGCCAAGGCCCUUAUGCUUACAAAGCUGGCGGUGUGGGCGCCAGCAGCAGAGGAGCAGCAGAGAAGAGGAGCAGAGGAGAAGAGGAGCGGAGGAGGAGAGGAGCGGAGGAGAGGAGAAGAGGAGCAUAGGAGCAGAGAAGAGGCGAACCUUCGAGCACAUGGAAGGUUGAAAGUAUCACCGCAGCCCUCCACGGUCCACAUGAGCCCCCCCCCUGGUUAUGGUCAAGGUUCAGGGUCAGGUUCAGGUGCCCCUCAGGUUCUCUCCACCUCGCCCAAGGCUCAACUUGAGCUGCUCAAGUCGCAAGGCCGUUCAGGGGAGCACCAAGGCUCUUCAAGCGAGUGCCACAGUCGCCCCAACACUCUCCAGAGGCACUUCAGGGCGGGCAGCACCGUCCAAGCCACACCACCUGCCUGCACGCUGAAGGUUGCAGUAUCGCCCCCUCCUGCCUCCACACUCCACACGAGGCCCCCCCCUUUCCCCUGGUUCAGGUUCUCUGCUCAACGCUGCCAUGCCUGUGCGCCCACAGCUCUCUGUGCGCCCACGGCCCUCUGUGCGCCCACAGCUCUCUGUGCGCCCACGGCCCUCUGUGCGCCCACAGCUCUCUGUGCGCCCACGGCCCUCUGUGCGCCCACGGCCCUCUGUGCGCCCACGGCCCUCUGUGCGCCCACGGCCCUCUGUGCGCCCACGGCCCUCUGUGCGCCCACGGCCCUCUGUGCGCCCACGGCCCUCUGUGCGCCCACGGCCCUCUGUGCGCCCACGGCCCUCUGUGCACCCACGGCCCUCUGUGCACCCACGGCCCUCUGUGCGCCCACGGCCCUCUGUGCACCCACGGCCCUCUGUGCGCCCACGGCCCUCUGUGCGCCCACGGCCCUCUGUGCGCCCACGGCCCUCUGUGCGCCCACGGCCCUCUGUGCGCCCACGGCCCUCUGUGCGCCCACGGCCCUCUGUGCGCCCACGGCCCUCUGUGCACCCACGGCCCUCUGUGCGCCCACGGCCCUCUGUGCACCCACGGCCCUCUGUGCGCCCACGGCCCUCUGUGCGCCCACGGCCCUCUGUGCGCCCACGGCCCUCUGUGCGCCCACGGCCCUCUGUGCGCCCACGGCCCUCUGUGCACCCACGGCCCUCUGUGCACCUUGCACGCUCACCAAUCACUCCCCACACCACACUCGCACAGCUUUCGAUUGCUUCCCUUCACUCACUCCUGGUCGCUUCCCUCCUCCCUCCCUUCUACCCUUCCCCCCCCUUCCCCUCCCCCCUCCUCCUCCUGACUGCCAGGCUCUUUGCAUCAACCCUGUCCUGCAGUCCAAGUCCCAGCGGCAAGGCGCAGGAGCAAGGGUCAGCAGCAAUUGUCAGGAGCAAGGGGCAGCAGCAAGGGGCAGCAGCAAGGGGCAGCAGCAAGGGGCAGCAGCAAGGGGCAGGAGCCAGGGGCAGCAAGGCACUCAAAUUUAA